AGAGAGAGGUCGAGAAAGGGUGCGAGGUAAUGGAAACAGAUCACGGCAUCGGCGACGACAACGGAGCAAGAGGUCAGAAUGGAGGCACGGGCAUCUGAGGAAGGCUUAUAGAGAAGAUGCUGGGCAAGGCAAUCAUCGUGAAAGCAAGAUGUCAAGGGGAUUUGAUUGGGCAACCUACAAUCAGGCGACGGUCUUCUACUUCUCAAACUUCCCUGAAGAUUGGACUUAUGAGCAAAUGUGGAAAACAUUUCUGAAAUUUGGGAGAGUUUAUGCCAUUUAUAGCCCAAGAAGGAAGAACAGGGCAGGAAGUAGAUUCGGGUUCGUGCGGUUCUUAGAUGUCAAAGAUGUGAGGAAGCUGGAGAAUGAACUCGAUCAAAUAUGGAUUCAAGAUCGCAAACUCAGGGUGAAUUGUCCACGGUUCAAGAAGAACCCAGAUACAGUUGCAGACGAGGUGAACAGGCGUAAUGUUCAAAUGCAAAGGAGAGGAAGCAUCUAUCCAGAGGCGAUGAGAGUCAAAGGACGCAGCUAUGCAGAUGUGGUGACCGGUCAUAACGGAAGGAAUGCAAGGAUGCAGAUGAAUGAAACUAACAGGGGAGUGAAGCAAAUCUGGAAGGCCAAAACUUCAGAACAAAAUUGGACAGGAUUGGAGUUUAAUCCCAAGCAUGAAAACUGGAAGUGGCUUGAAGGAUGCUAUCUAGGAACGGCAAGAUCGGUGGAGAUAGUUCCUGUUAUUCAGGAGCGACUGUACAUGGAGGGAUUGUUUGUGGUAAGAGUUCGAGCUAUGGGUGGGAAGUUGGUGCUAUUAGAUGGUGAAGAUAAAGAAGAACUAAAGGAGUUGGUAGAAUCUGCAGCAGAUUGGCUUGGCCAAUGGUUUGAUGAAAUCCGUCCAUGGUCUCCCACCUUGGUUGCUAGUGAACGAUUUGUAUGGGUGAAAAUGAUGGGAGUUCCCUUAGAAGUGUGGGGGGCAGAUUUCUUUUCCACUCUUGCAAGUCUGUGGGGAAAAUUUAUUUCCCUAGAUGAAAGUACCAGCUCAAUGAAAAGAUUUGAUGUGGCGAGAGUACUUGUCUCUACUGCCCAGAUGAAUCCAAUUUCAAGAACACUACGGAUUAAAGUCAAUGGCCAAUUGGUUUGCAUUAUGUGUAGAGAAGAGGAUGGAAGCAAUGGUCAUUUUCAUCUUAAAACUGAUCAUAAUCCAGUUCUUCAAUCUGAUUCAGAAGACGAGGAAUUAGAGUAUUGGUCAACUGAUCAUUAUCCAGAAGAGGAAUUCGGAGGUAACAGCCAUAAUUUCCAACGAUCUAUGUGGUCGGAAGACGGAAACAGUGGAGAAGAAGGAUAGAUGUGUUGGUGGAGAAUAAAAAGGGAUGGCUGUCUGAUGGAUUUGAGGUGCUGGUGGGUGAUGGAGGAGAUUUAAGCUUCUGGAGGGACUUAUGGUGUGGGGAGGAAGUCUUAGCUAACAAAUUCCCAAGACUUUAUUUGCUUUCUACUGGAACAAAUAAU